CGCUCAAACACAGGCAUCAUGGCGACCGAAGAUGAACGCUACCGGCAAUCGAGCCAAUAUCGGCUCUGGUCCUUCACCCCGUCAAAUCUCCAAGAGCUGCGCGCAAAGACAAACUCGCUAGCAAGAGAGCAGAUCGCGCCGCGACUCUCUGCCGACCCUCCUCCCGACUUUCUCACGGCCGACGAAGAGAUCCGACUCGUCAAGUUCUUUACCGUCGAACUCAUCCGCGCCGCGCAGUUCUGCGAACUUCCCACCGAGAUCCGAGCGACCGCCGCCGUCUUCCUGCGACGAUUCUACGUGACCAACUCGGUCAUGACAUACCCGGCUCCCGAGCUCCUCAAGACGUCGCUGUUCUUUGGGUGCAAGGCCGAGGGCUUCUUUUACAAGCUGAAUGCCUUUUCGGAAAAGUUUCCCAAUACUACUGGGGAGCAGAUCCUGGCUGGAGAGUUUCUGCUUUGUCAGGGGAUUCGGUUCGCCUUUGACGUUAGGCACCCGUUCAGAGCCCUCGAGGGUGCGAUCUUGGAGUUGCGGAGGAAGCUGCCUGAUGAGGAGUCACGUAUCAAUAGAGUACACGCUCGCGCGCGAGAGAUCCUCAAGUUUAGUCCGUUGGUUACAGAUGCCUACUUCCACUACACCCCCAGCCAGAUUAUGAUGGCGGCAGUGUCCAUUGUGGACCAUGGGCUUCUGGAUGUCUUGAUUCCUUUGCCGAAUGGUGAGGCAGGACAGGCUGCUGUGUUGGCAAGCAUGCGCGACAAGAUCUUGGGGGUGAUUCAGAGCUGUCGCGAGAUGCUCGAGGAGGAGCCUCCAGAGAGAAUGACGGAUUAUUGGGGAACGCCCGAAAUUGUGAAAGCCAUGAAGCCUCUCCGAAAGAAGCUGCAAAAAUGCCGAGACCCCGAUCGAGCGAACCUGGUCAAUCUUCAACGAGCGAGACGAGAACAAGCCAUGAACAAGGAAAAGAAGACGGCGGCGAACAAUGAUGGUUCUGUGUUUGGAGACGACCUUGCGAGGGAGACGAAGCGAGUGAAGCUGGAGAAUGCGGAUCCCUUUGGCCCACCUCUAUGA